CAGCUAUAAGGUCCUUCCUGUAACAUGGCAGAAGCCACAUGUUCGUGGUAAACAUCUCUGCUCGACUGUAGCGUUUAAAAUCCCUUUUCGCGAUGGAGCUGGGGUCAAACACGCCCGCGGAGGCGAGCGCUACUAUGCGCUGCGACGGACACACAGACACAUUUGAGAAAGUCAAAUCAAAGCGGAGUCAUAAACGCAAGCGGGACGCGGCGGAGGUGGAGACGGUAGCGGCCAAGAGACCGCAGUUCCCGGCCUUAUCAGGAGACCAGCUCACGGUAACCGUAGUUGAGAUGCGUAAGGUGGCUGUUCCUGCUCACCAUUACACUCCUCUGAAAGAAAGCUGGAUGAUGUUCACACCCAUCGUUGAACAUCUGCAGCUCCAGGUGCGAUUCAACCUCAAAACCAGGAACGUGGAGAUUAAAACGUGCAGAGAAACGUCAGACAUCGGCGCUCUGACCAGAGCUGCUGACUUUGUGAAGGCGUUUGUUUUAGGCUUUCAGGUGGAGGGUGCUCUGGCUCUGAUCAGAUUAGACGAGCUGUUUCUGGAAACAUUUGAUGUCACAGAUGUUAAACCUCUGAAAGGAGAUCACUUAUCCAGAGCCAUCGGCAGGAUAGCAGGGAAAGGAGGAAAAACCAAGUUCACCAUUGAGAACGUGACCAAAACCAGGAUUGUGCUCGCAGACACGAAGGUUCAUAUUUUGGGAUCUUUCCAGAACAUCAAAAUGGCACGAACGGCGAUAUGCAACCUGAUUCUCGGAAGUCCUCCAUCAAAGGUGUAUGGCAACAUUCGGGCGGUGGCGAGCCGCGCAGCCGAGAGGUUUUAACACACAGCUCACGGACUGAUGCGGAAAUAACCGUUUACAUUAUUAGUGCCGUAUUGGCCUGAAGAUACAGUGACUGAGCAGUGGAGCUUCACAUAAUAAGCACUUCAUGAAUGGAAAUCAGACACGUAUGGAUCCAAUAAGUCAAGUUUGACAUGUUUAUUUUAUCAAGCAGUCCAUAUAUCCCAUAAUAGUUGAUUUGAUGCAGCAUGCAGAAUAGACAUCCCAUAACUGACGAGCUUCAUGUGCCUUCGUAUGAGACACGCUUUCAUUUAUAAAAAGCUGCAAACCCAUUUUCUUGAAGCACGAGUAACUUGUUAAAUCUGCAUUCACGAAACAAAUGGACAAAUGAUGCGAGCCGAAUCUGAAAAGAAUAUACGUCUGUUUGAAUCUGAUUUGGCAACUUAUGCAAUGCAUGUCAUGGUUCUUUUGAUAUCGGAUAUAGAUUUCACAGUAAACCAUUGGAAUAGAUGAACGUAAUCAUGCAAGGAGGAACUAGUCAAAGCAAGCCCAGCAGAAGCCUCAUAGCUGGCAUUAUUACCGACGUAUAAUAUCCAUAUGCAGAGAUCAGAGAUGAAUUUGGUUACGCUGCUCCUGUCAUGCAUGCAAACAUUCAGAGUUUUUGAUUUGAAGCUCUAGUCUUGUUGGAACGACUAUGCUCUCCAUUUUACAAGCGUUUAGAUGCUUUGUGUAUUGAUGUCAUGCAUGCAUUCAGACGUUGAUUGUAAGUGUCCAAAUAGAUUUUGUGAUCGCCGCUCCAUCUGCCAUGGUCAUUUAGAUGGAGAUAUUGGUGUUAGUGAAGUAAACCAAAUCAUUUGUGUCUUGGUAAUUAUCUACUGGACUGUAUAACAAUAUAAACAUUAUAUCACGGUUGGUACAAAACACUUAUUAAACAUGGUUAAAUGCUAGAAUGAUAUAAAUAGUGUAAUAUCACAAAGUGUAACAGAAGAAAGCCAACGUUGCUUCUUUACGUCAUGCGGUCGAACAAGCUUCUGCACAGGAUGGUGGCAAGCGCUUUCUGUAAGUUCUGCUUGGCACGUCAUACCUACGUAUACUAUUAUAUCAUAUCUUAAAAAAGACGAAACCAAAUAAAUAU